GACCUUAAUUAAAGUAGAAGUGUAUAAUUAUCGGUGCAACAAGUUACCCAAGUCGUAAAACAUGAAGACUUUGUGUUACUUAAUUUUAUUAUUCAUUCUGCUCUCGACAACGAAAAAUUGUCAGGCCGGAGAAUUUAACGAGAAAAUGAAGAAUUUCUUUGGACUUUUUGGUAAUAAACCACCUUACUCCACUACUGAUUCACCUGCGCCCUGCUACUGUAGUUGUGGGUUGCGGAAUGAAGAAAGUCGCAUAGUUGGAGGUCAAACGACGAGUAUGAAUGAAUUUCCGUGGAUGGCUAGAUUAUCGUAUCUAAACAAGUUUUAUUGCGGAGGUACACUUAUAAACGAUCGUUACGUCCUCACAGCUGCACACUGCGUGAAGGGAUUCAUGUGGUUCAUGAUCAAGGUUACUUUCGGAGAGCACGAUAGAUGUAUCGAGAAAGGACCGGAAACCAGAUAUGUGGUACGUAUUAUGACUGGCGACUUCAGCUUUCUGAAUUUCGAGAAUGACAUUGCGCUGCUUCGCCUUAAUGAAAGGGUACCAUUAAGCGAUACAAUACGGCCGAUAUGUUUACCGUCAAUAUUGGAUAACGAAUAUGUGGGAUCAAAAGCAAUCGUGUCAGGUUGGGGCACGCUAAAAGAGGAUGGCAAACCAUCUUGUCUUCUACAGGAAGUCGAAGUUCCAGUCAUGAGUCUUCAGGAUUGUCGCAAUACUAGCUACAGUUCUCGAAUGAUUUCAGACAAUAUGCUAUGCGCGGGUUAUCUUGAAGGGCAAAAAGAUUCAUGUCAGGGAGACAGUGGUGGACCCUUGAUAGCGGAGCGCGAAGAUAAGAAGUACGAACUCAUUGGUGUGGUGUCUUGGGGUAACGGGUGCGCAAGACCUGGUUACCCAGGUGUAUAUACGAGAGUUACACGGUAUAUGGAUUGGAUUUUAAAAAAUUCAAAAGACGGCUGUUUUUGUGAGCAUAAUUAAUUAUGGUUACCCGGUGAUUCUUGCUGAGAGAUAUAAUAAAAAGAACAAAGAAGAUGAUUUUUACGUACUACAGUAUGUAUAAGCUCUCUGAAUUCUCGUGCUAAAUAUGUUG